CAAAAUCCAGAGAACUUUAGACCAUCAACGCAAGAUGAGACCAGCAUCACUCUGCAGUGGGAUAAAAUCAGCGACUUUGUCGGCUUCGUCCUCCGGUUUAACGGCACAGAGAUAAACGUUGGUGCACCAAGUGGAAAUGAAUCAGUAACUCAUACAGUCUCAUCUCUGACGGCUAGUACUAGAUACACGUUCACUCUCUUCUCUGUGUUUGAGAGCAUCAGAAGCAGUGGAGUCAGCAUCACAGCAACUACUGGGCCAAAUUACAUUGUUGCUUUAAACAUGAACUUGAAGUCCUAUGGUGCAUUGUCAGAAUAAGAAAUUCAGGCUUUUGUGACGGAGUUCUUUCUUAAACAUGGUAUCCUGCCACAGUUUUCCGUGAGGGUUAAAUCUGUCGAGCCUUAAGAUGAGCAGAGGAACGUUUUCUCCUGGAGGGAAAAAAUAUGUAUAAUCACGAGAAAAUAUUUUGUCAAAUUUUUAAAUGUACAGAAAAAUAAGUAUCAAACACAUCACAAUUUUUCAUCAUAAUAUUUCUAAAGGUGUUAUUCACAUAAAAUUUUCACUAGUGGAAAAUAACAACCCAUUUGAUCCAUGCAAAGAAAGAAAUAAGUUCAGAAAUUAAGUCAUUUGUAAUAUUGUGAAAUGACACAGGGAAAAGGUCUUGAACACACACAGAAAGGGAACUGAUCUGAUGUCUCGGAAAGCUUAAAAUUAGCAGGUGCAAUUGAUUAAAAGAAAACGAUAGUAAUGCACUCAUCCACGCAAGACUCCAUUUCUGAAGAAAAAGCAUGUUGCAGCUUGAUUUCUUUGCUUAUAAUGUUCCGUAGUUAUUAUGUUCCUUAAGUUUUAUUUUAUAAUGUAUUUGUUAUUUUGUAAAGCUAGGUAUCAUUUGCAUAUAUUAAGAAAACUUUGCUGCACGGCAUUUGGACAACUCUUUCUGUAAAUAACCCCAAAUUAAGCUCCUUAUUUGUUGUAUUGCCUCUUGGCGUUUGUUGUCUUUAUUUCAUUUUGUUUUGUGUAGUAUAUGGUUGACUUCCGGUUUUUUGAUAUGUCGCUUUUAUUUUGGUGAGAGUUUCCGCUGUUUAUGUUGUGGAGCGGCAGCUUGGCAACGGAAGGAACGGAAGACAAGUUGCGAAAGUGUUUUAAAAAUGUAUCUUAUUAGCGGCCCCCUUGAUGGCUGCACAAGGUCAUGGCUUCGCAUGGCUUAUUUCUGUCCAAGGAGCAGUUUCAGUGCUGCAUCUGCCAGGAUGUUUUCUCCGAGCCCGUCUCCAUCCCCUGCGGUCACAGCUUCUGCUUCACCUGCAUCACGGCCCACUGGGAAGGCAGGCUCUCCAUCGACUGCCCCAGAUGCCACACAGAGUACGAGGUCUGCCCAGAGCUCUGCGAAAACUCCUUCGCCAAAGAAAUGUCGGAGAAGAUCCGAGCCAGGAGGCAGGACGACGUGCCGGGGAAGACAGUCGGCUGCGGCGCAUGCGGGGGGAAGCAAACGAAGGCCCUGAGAUCCUGCCUGGUGUGUCUGACCUCGUAUUGCGAGAGCCACCUGGAGCCUCACCUCAGGGUUGGCUCGCUGAAAGCUCACAAGCUGAUUGAACCGGUGGGGAUGCUGGAGAACCGGGUGUGCAGGAGGCACCAGGAGCUCCUGGAGCUGUUCUGCAGAAGUCACCAGAAGUUUGUUUGCGUGCAGUGCGUGAAAACCGACCACCGCUGCAACGACACAGUCCCAGUGGAACGAGAGAGCCAGGACAAGAAGGGUCAGAUUAAAAUGAUUCAAGGUGAAGUUCAGCAGAGGAUCCAGGACAGGCUGCAGAAGCUGGAGGAGAUCAGACUCAAUCUUGAGCUAAGCAAAGAGAACACAAAGAGGGACAUUGAGGAAAGUGGGCAGGUGUUCUCCGCUCUGUCCCGCAGCAUCGAGAGAAGUCGAGCCGAGCUGGUCGAGUUGAUCCAGAGGAAGCAGGAGGCGGCAGAAAUGAGGGCGAAGAGGCUGAUCGCUGGGCUGGAAACAGAAAUCUCUGAGCUGCAGAGGAGAAGAAAGGAACUGGAGCAGCUGCUUCACCACGAAGACCACCUCCACGUUCUGCAGAGCUUCCCGGCUGUGAGCUCUCUUCCGUCUACCGAAGACUCCUCAAACAUCGUCGUCCAUUCAGAAACAUGCCUGGGAACCAUAAGGAGAGCGGUGGCUGACAUUCGGGAGCAGCUGCAACUGCAACUGGAAAAACUUUCCUCUCGAGAAUACGAGAAGAUCCAGCGGUAUCCAGCUGAUGUCCUUCUGGACCCCAGGACGGCCAACCCCUGGCUCGUCCUGUCAGAGGACGGGAGGCAGGUGCAGGACGGAGACGUGAUGCGAAAUGUGGCAGAUCUCCCAGAACGUUUUGACAAAGCUCCUUGUGUCCUCGCUCUCAUGGGUUUCACCACAGGGAGGCGCUACUGGGAGGUGCACGUGGGAGACAAAACGGCGUGGGACUUAGGCGUGGCUCGAGCAUCCGUGAAAAGGAAAGGAGCUGUGACUCUGAGUCCAGACGACGGUUUCUGGACCGUCUGUCUGAGGAAAGGAGCUGAGCUCUGGGCCUGUGCAGGAGAGGCGGAGCUGCUGUGCGUUUCCAAGAGGCCAAAGGUCAUUGGCGUGUUCCUGGACUAUGAAGAUGGGGUUGUUUCUUUCUACAAUGCAGAGAAAGGGUCACACAUCUAUUCAUUUACAGGGUUUCGCUUCACCGAGGCCAUUUUUCCCUUUUUCAACCCGGAUACGAAUGAAAACGGCACCAACAAAUUGCCGCUGACCAUCCAGCCCAUCAGGAAACGGAUCUUUGGCACAGAUUUAGAUGACAUCACUAUAUGAUAUUUUAAAUAUGUAUCCGUCAGCAACGUUUUAUUUAUGAUACAAUUUAUGUUAACAUUGUUUUGCAAAGCUCCCUCAGCACUCCAUUAUUCACAGUAA